GUCAACAUCUUCCUCAAUCCAUUAAAUCCAUUCUUUCGGUGUAUAGGCAGGUUGUAGGCAACACUACCUCACUUCUAACGUCUGACAAUUUUUACUGUUCAAACAUGAUGUUUUUCAUAGUCGUUAUUAUUUGCGUAAUAAUUACUCUUUACAUUUUAGAUAAUGUUUUGCCGCACAAAUAUCCAACAGGUCCUACACGUUUUCCUUUGAUUGGAAAUUAUCUAGAAAUUCGAAAACUUAGAAACAAACUUGGAUUCUAUCACUUGGUGUGGGAUCAUUUAGCUAAAUGUUAUGGUCAAGUUUUUUCCGUUAAACUUGGUCGGUUAGAAGUGGUUGUUGUUUCUGGUUAUGAUGCAGUACGACAAGUACUGUGUAAAGACGACUUUGAUGGUCGACCAGAUGGAUUCUUUUUUAGAUUCAGAGCUUUUUAUAAAAGACUAGGCAUAGUGUUUGUGGAUGGACCUGAAUGGACUGAACAAAAAAAAUUUUGUAUGCAACAUUUACGUAAAAAGGGAUUUGGAGGUGAUUUAAUGGAAAAACUUAUCAGUGAAGAAGUUGACGAUCUUAUUUUACAUUUAAACAAGCGAUAUGAGGUUCAAAAUGGUAAACCUAUCGAAGUUUGUGGUUUAUUCGACGUAUCUGUUUUGAAUGGACUUUGGACAAUGUUAAUUGGUAAUAGAUUCGCGCUGAACGAUUCUAGACUUGCGAAACUUAUGAAAUUAGUACAUGCCAGUUUUAGAAUGUUAGACAUGUCGGGAGGAAUUUUAAAUCAAAUGCCAUUUGUCCGUUUUUUAGCACCCAAAUGUUCUGGAUACAAAGACAUCAAACUCAUUUUACAUGAAUUUUACACCUUUUUAAAAGAAUCAGUAGACGAACAUAGAGACAAGAUAAAUGAUCAAGAAGAUUUUAUAGGCGCAUUUUUAAUGGAAAUCGAAAAAAAUAGAGAAUCACCUAAAUCAUUUUCAGAAGAACAGCUCCUCGUUGUUUUACUGGAUUUAUUUUUAGCUGGUUCAGAAACCACAAGUAGCAUGUUGUCUUUUGUUAUUUUGCUUCUUCUCAAACAUCAAGACGUACAAACUAAAGCACAUGCGGAAUUAGACGCAGUAGUUGGAGAUCGCGAAGUACAACUUGAAGAUAGAAACAAAUUGAAUUAUCUUGAAGCUGUUUUGAUGGAGGUACAAAGGCAUAGCAACGUGGCACCAUUAGCGAUCGCUCAUAGAUCUAUUCGAAACACAAGCAUUCAAGAAUACAUAAUUCCAAAAGAUACUCUAGUAUUGGCAAGUAUAUGGAGUAUUCAUAUGGAUAAACAGCAUUGGGGUGAUCCAGAAGUAUUUCGACCAGAAAGAUUUCUGGACAGUUCUGGGAAUGUUAUUAACGAUAGUUGGUUUAUGCCAUUUGGUGUUGGUAGAAGGAGAUGUCUUGGUGAAGUAUUGGCAAAAACAAAUCUCUUUAUGUUUAUCGCGAAAUUAUUACAACAUUUUGAAUUUAAAGUUCCACAAGGAGUCCAAUUACCAGACAAGUCUCAAGAUGGUGUUACUAUUUCUCCAUCGGCAUUUUCUGGUAUUUUUAUACCAAGGCGCGAUAUAAAUUAAGUAGAUAUAAUCAAUUAAAAUUUCUGUUGUUUAUAAUUUUGAAAAAAUAAUCAUUGAAAUAAAUUAUAAAAACAAUAAUA